CCAAACUCUGCUGCUUCCCAAGUCGUGGACUGAACGAACGUGCUUGUGAUUCUUUAUCUGUAGUCCCUCUAGAGCUACAAAAAAUAAAGAGGCCUCGCUUAUCUGGAUCUAUGAUAGGUCCUCAGCAAUCCCAUGGCAAUGGCAGACGACGGUCUACUUCUUAAUUUUUCGAUCGGCGAUACGCCGAUUAUCAGUCGCUCUAACCUCAAGGGGGGAACCUGGAGAGCCAGGAGGAGAGUCCAAAAACAAGAACAACAUCGUCCUAAUGAAGACCCGAAGUUGGAGUCUGCACUCGAACGGCCGUCAAAAAGACAGAGAACGAUACAAUCACAGGACUUGAAUGGAGAGAGUCGUUCAAAUAGCCACCCAAAAGCGACAUCAGAAAAGCCAAAGCAGGUUAUUUCAUCCUUGUUUUCGUUUAAUCCUUUACCAACGACCCAAGAAGGAUCCAAAGAUGGCGCUGAAAUCGCUCCGGUCGAGCCAACUAAUGCACCUUUAACAGCGGAACAGGAAGGACUCGUCAAUUUGGGAUUGCUUCCAAGACUUGCAACUCAUCUCACAAACAAGAUGAAUAUCAGUGCUCCAACGGCAAUACAAAAAGCGGCAAUAGGUCCCCUUGCCACUUCAGAUUCAGAUGCAUUCAUCCAAGCUGAGACAGGUUCAGGGAAAACACUAGCGUACGUUCUGCCAAUUGUCCAGAGAAUCAUGCAAAUGUCAGAAAAGGAACAAAGGAUACAUCGAAACUCUGGGCUUUUCGCGAUUAUCCUUGCUCCCACUCGUGAAUUGAGCAAACAGAUAUUCGUCGUGCUUGAGCACGUUCUGAGAUGCGCUCACUGGGUAGUUCCGGGUAUUGUCGUUGGCGGCGAGAAAAAGCAGUCGGAAAAAGCACGCUUACGGAAGGGUGUGAACAUUCUGGUUGCAACGCCUGGAAGACUUGCCGAUCAUUUAGACCAUACCGAAGCAUUGGAUGUUAGCAAAGUGAGAUGGCUCGUGCUAGACGAAGGCGAUAGACUGAUGGAACUUGGAUUUGAGGAGGACAUUAAGAAGAUUGUCAGUAAGCUCGACUCCGCUGUGAAGUCGAGGAAUCAUGACACUACAAAUCUACCGACAAAGAGAGUCAACGUUUUAUGCUCGGCAACGAUGCGAAUGGAUGUCCAGCGACUAGGGGAAAUCAGUUUAAACAAUGCUGUACACAUACAAGCAGACUCCAGCCACUCCACAAAGACAGACAUGAACGGGACCACGUCCGGAGAAACCUUUUCCGCACCGGCACAGCUGAAGCAAGCAUACGGCAUUGUUCCGGCAAAAUUACGACUUGUCUCACUCGUUGCGCAUUUAAAGCGAACUUUUGUGCGGAAGGGCGCUGUAUCGAAGGUUAUCGUUUUCAUGUCUUGUGCAGACACUGUGGAUUUCCAUUUCGAAGUUUUCAUACGAGCUGCUGGAGCUGCACAACAAACAAAUGACCAAAGCUCGGAGAAACCCGAUGCGGAGCUCAUCAAAGACAAGAAGAACAACAAGUCAACAUCAAGCACAGAAGCUCAGACUAUUGGAACGUCACCUCUCCUCUCUAACCCGCAGAAUACCGUAAGGGUUUACAAACUACAUGGAUCUCUCCUCCAGGCAGUACGCACACAAACUCUCCGGAGCUUUAGUCGAGAUUCAGACCCUGCCGUUCUUAUUUGUACGGAUGUUGCUUCUCGUGGCCUUGACUUGCCCAAUGUCGAUCUUGUUGUUGAGUACGACCCUCCAUUCAGCAAAGAGGAGCACCUCCAUCGUAUUGGCCGUACAGCCCGUGCUGGGCGCGACGGCAGGGCAACUAUAUUCUUAUUGCCGGGUUGUGAGGAAGGUUACAUCGACAUUCUGAAGGAGGGACGUCACGAUGGCGGUCUCGGUCUUAUACGACACCUUGCAAACGAUCUCCUGAGAAAAGGAUUUGCUACGAAGGAUGAGCAAGGGAGGGAAAAGGAAGCUGGAUGGGAAGAAAGAGCUACGGAAUGGCAGUUGGAUAUAGAACGAUGGAUUUUGGAUUCACCCAAGAUGCUGGAGAUGGCUCGGCGUGCCUUCCAGAGUCAUGUCAGAGCUUAUGCUACUCACGUGGCGGCUGAAAGACACAUCUUUGACAUUAAACAACUGCACCUCGGUCAUUUAUGCAAGGCGUUCGGGCUCAGAGACAAACCUGGAAGCAUUAAUGUGCCUGGAAUGAGACAGAAUGCUGGAAAGGUCAAGCAAGAAAGACGAAAAGCUGGAGGCGGCACGAAACGUAGUGCCAACGGGGAUUCUAAGCAGAGCGACAUCGAAGAUACUUUGGACGUAUCAGAAAAGCAGGAUGCCGAGGAAGCAAGGCGGAUGAUGAGAAUGAAAGCCAAGAUGAUGAGCGUAGGGGCAAAUGAGUUCAAUUUGGGUUAAGCUGGACUCCGAAGUUAGCAGGCACUACAGAUGAAAACGUUAACACGAGCAUACCUAGAAUAAUACCAAAGUAACCUGAUAUGUGGAACCAUAGCGGCUUGCCACGCCAUACGCGACGUGCC